AUGCAGUUAUUACAGUGCUUGGUUACAGUAUGCCUGGCUGCUUCAGCAUACGGACAGGCGCUGGAAUCAAGAUGUCCCAAGGGCUAUUUGAAUUGGGGCAGAUUCUGCUACUAUUUCUCAGAUACUGCUUAUACUUUUGAUGAAUCGAGAGCUGUGUGCAAGAAUAGAGGGGCAGAUCUUCUCAGUAUGAACAAUAUGCAAGAAUUUAGAUUUAUACAAGAUGAAGUAAAAAGAAGACGAUUGGAAUUUUGGGUUGGAGCGACUGAUUUACCCAAGAAGGACAAAAAGUACAAAUGGGUCGAUAGGUCAAGAUGGGACCCAAAUGUCGCUAAAGCAGCCUGGGCAAAAAACCAGCCAGAUGGGCUCAGAGGGCACCAGAAUUGUGCUAAAUUUUGGAAUCGUCCACCGGGUUCAUGGGAUGAUGUAGAGUGUGGACGCCGUGUGAGAUUUAUAUGCAAGCGAAGAAAUGAUUAUAUAGACAAAUGCGACUUGGAUGCAGGUUACCAUAGUUUCAGUAACCAAUGUUUUAAAUACAACGAAGAACCACAAACAUGGACUGAUGCACAGGCUACUUGUGAAGCAGAUGGAGCACAGCUCAUUGUUGUCGAUAAACCAGAAAAACUCAACUAUCUCGCUGACACGAUCACGUGUUCAGAUUCCAGAGCAAACGUCUGGUUGGGCCUCUCCGAUACGCUUGUGCCAGGAACGCUGAUUUGGGUAGAUGCUUCUCCAGUUGUGAUAAAGAAAUGGGACAGCAACCAACCAGCUAUGUUGACACCGGGUAGUACUUGUGUUGAAUCAGUUCCACAGGCAGGUCAUAAGUGGAGAACGCAACCAUGUGAAGCUGAACGCAAAUUCAUCUGCCAGAAACCACAAGGCAAGUGUAAAGCAGGCUGGGUGGAAAAACUUGACCAAUGCUAUCAGAUCAACUCGCGGCGAGACACCUGGAAAACAUGGAGCGAUGCAGAUGAGUACUGCAGAUCUCAAGGAGCUUCUCUUGUCAAGAUAACAAACCAACGAGUCCAGAACAAUGUAAACUCUUUUCUUGCCAACAUAAGGAAGGCAAAGGCUGAUGCUAUAUUUAUCGGUAUAUCAGAUAAAACGGAGGAAAACGUGUUUAAAUGGUACGACGAGACCCUAGUGAGUUCGGGAUACAAAAAAUGGGAGAGAAAUCAACCAGCUAAGGUCAAUGGAAGAAUGGACUGUGGCGUAAUAAAGACGGACGCCAGGCUAAGGGGAUCAUGGCGGACAGACUACUGUUUUAAUAGAAGGGCUUUCAUUUGUCAGCAUCCUAUUUGGGUAGUACCAGACAAUGUCACCGAACCAGGGGAUUGUAAAAUGACACACGAUGGGCAAGACUAUAUGGGUACAGUUAGCGUCACGGGAACCGGAAAAGUCUGCCAAAGUUGGGAUUCACAAUUUCCACAUAAACACACCAUAGGCACUAAAGACUCUGAUUUCCCAGACAGAACUGUAAAAGAUGCAAAGAAUUACUGUAGAAACCCUGACAAGUGGCCUUGGGGUGUGUGGUGCUUUACAACUGACUCUAAAGUACAAUGGGAACUUUGCGACCAAAUUCCAUUUUGUCAAGAAAACUACCGAUGUGAGCUUGGAUGGACAAUGUAUGAAGAUAAUUGCUACAAGUUUAUGGAUGACCCCAAGCCAUGGAGUGAUGCGCGCGCAGGGUGCCAACAAGAACAGGCUGACUUGACAUCAGUGAGUGGUUGGGACGAACAAUCGUUUCUAAGCAAUAACAUGCUGCCCGAUCAGGCUUGGAUAGGACUUCACGAUUUAUCCACCGAAGGGAAGUUUGCAUGGACGGAUGGUACUCCUUACAAUUUCAGCAACUGGCACAAGGGGGAACCUAACGACUGGAGAAAUAACGAAGACUGUGUCGUGAUGAAAAAGACUGCCAGUGAAAUGGGGGCAUGGAACGAUGGACGAUGUCACUUGAAAAUAAGAUAUAUUUGCAAAAAGCCUGCCUAUCAUAUUCUAAAUCCACCUACAUCAACACCGAUACCAACUACAAAACCAUUUUCUCCUAUGUGCGGCCCGGGUUGGGUGUGGGACGCAGUUGGUGGUUUCUGCUACCAAUUGAAUCCUGACGCCAAGCUAGACUGGCCGGCUGCUAGAGCAGACUGUAUAAGCAAAGGAUCUGAUCUGAUGAGCAUUGUGAGCCUUCAUGAACAAUCAUUUGUCAGUGCACUUAUACUAAGCGAUGCUGGACAUGGUACAGCCUCCUACUGGAUAGGUGCAAAUGACAGAGACGAUACAAGUGGAUGGCGUUGGUCAGAUGGAUCUCCGUUUAGAUGGGUCAACUGGAUACCUGGGCAGCCAGACAGGAAAGAAGAACAUUGUGUAGCACUGAUUGCCUUACAUGGAAUGUGGAAUGAUGACGACUGUCCAGACCUCAAGCCUUAUAUCUGCAAAAAAUCAUCAAUACAAGCGACAACUGUUGCUCCGUCUCCAACUACUGCACCACCAAACUGUAAUUCCUGGCCAAUGCUUUCUGGUUUCCAUAGCUUACAGGACGGUUUGAUGACAUCUUCAAGUAAUCUUAAUAAAGAUCACUCACCUAGGGAAGCUAGGAUAGAUGUCGGCGGGUGCAAGGACACCACAAAGGGUAUUGAAUAUAAGGGGUUCAGAGCAUGGACUGAUGAAGGUUAUACUUGUCAGCGUUGGGACUCACAAUACCCUCACAAACACAGUUACACAGACGCUUCAAAAUACCCUGACGCAACCCUAGGCGAUGCAAGCAAUUAUUGCCGAAACCCAGGGUCGGAAGAGGAGACAGAGGGACCAUGGUGCUACACAACUAAUCCAGAUGUCAGGUGGAGAUAUUGCGGAAUACCAAUGUGUACCAGCCGAGGACCACCAGUGAGAGCUUGGAUGCCAAACAGAGAUGACAAGAACCAAUGGAUCCAAGCGAAUUUCAUGCAAGAGAUCUUAGUAAAAGGAAUCAUAGUCAUGGCCCGACAAGAUCAGCCGAUGUGGGUUACAAAAUACAAACUGCAAUAUGGAUAUGACACGACUAUCAUAGAAUGGUACCAAGAUCCACCAGGAAGAAUAAAGAUAUUAGAUGGAGUUUCUGUACAAAACACACCGAAGACUUCUAUGCUUACAACACCAUUUGAGGCCAGUUACGUACGACUAUGGCCUACAGCAUGGAGUUCAAGAAUCUCAGUUCGUUGGGAAAUCUUAGGAUGUAUACCUGAGGAUUGUAAAGACGAAUAUCUAGUUACCGGCGACACAAUUGUACCAGAUGCUUUAAUGACCGCGAGUUCAAACUGGGCCCCUAACCAUGGACCAUCAAAUGCACGAUUGCAUAAUGUGAAAGGUGGAGGACAGACAGGUGCGUGGUCUGCUGGUACUAACAAUGCAGGCCAGUGGAUUCAGGUUGAUCUCCGUAAUCUCAUGCGUAUCAAGGCUGUCGUCACACAAGGCAGGAGUGAUUACGACCAGUGGAUUACUCAGUUUAAGAUAAGCUACAGUCUUGAUGGCACUAAAUUUAUUGACUACACACAGCCAUACGGCUAUAGCAAGAUAUUUGAUGGAAACGUUGACAGGAAUACUCUAAAAAUUAAUGAGUUCAAGUCCCCAUUCAUAGCUCAAAAAGUUAGAUUACUCCCAAUAUCUUGGAAAGGACAUAUUUCGUUGAGAUGGGAUUUGCGUGGAUGCCUACCUGGUUGUCAGCCUACACCUCGAGUUAAGGAUGUAAGGGACAAGCAACUCAGAGCAAGUAGUAAUUGGAAUGCCAGACACGGACCAGGGAGGUCUAGACUUAACACCAAGCGUGAGGGAGGCCUGGUUGGUGCAUGGUGCUCCAAACGAAAUGACGGCAAACAAUGGUUACAGGUUGAUUUCAUGAUACAAUAUAACGUAAGAGGUAUAGCUACUCAAGGAAGAGCUGAUAACAACCAAUGGGUCACUGAAUACAGACUUCAUUAUAGUACUCAUGGACGGCAGUUCUACCCAUAUAGAGAAAACAAUAAAAUAAGGUUAUUUGAUGGUAACUGGGACAGAAACACCAUAAGAAAAUACUAUUUUGGAAUUCCAUUUGUUGCAAGAAAGGUGCGAAUUUGGCCAACUAAAUGGUUCAGACAUACUUCACUAAGAUGGGAUGUAUUUGGUUGCCCAGCCUCUACCGCCGGUGUUCCUAUUGGCUGCUUUGCUGAUAAUCCAAAGAACAGAGAUUUACCAUUUGUACCACUUGGUAAUGUCGGAGGUCUUACACAACGAGUGUGUGUCAAACAUUGCUUCGAUAGGGGUUACCAUUAUGCUGGUGCGCAAAAUGGCAAGAACUGUUACUGUGGCAAUUCCUAUGGAAGAUACGGACCAAGUACUAAAUGUAACAAGAAAUGUCCUGGUGAACCAGAGGCUAAUUGUGGAGGAGUAAACGUAAACUUCGUUUAUGGCACUGGCAUAAGUUCUGAAGAUGAGCGCUGUAUGCCUGGGUGGGUAGAUUACGAAGAUACUUGCUAUUCUGUCAUGCAAACAAAAAGUACAUGGACUGAUGCUCAGAAUGACUGCAAGGUCACUUACGGUGGAGAUCUCGCUACUAUCAAUAACUUUGAGACCCAGGCUAUGAUCACCAGCCUCGUUGGACCAAUGAGACAGAUGGUCUGGAUUGGUAUGAAUGAUUUAAAUUUUAAGAACUUCUACGAAUGGGUUGACCAGACGCCUGUCCUCUAUACAAACUGGAGACCAGCCGAACCUAACAACCACAGAGGCCAAAAUGAACGCUGUGUCGUUAUGGGAAGUAAUGGGAAAUGGAACGAUGCCAUGUGUGAUAAGAGAAAGUAUUGGUACUUGUGUCAAACGCAGAAACAGAUUUUACCAACCCCCAGUGGAGCUCCUCCUGUUGAUGACAGAUGUGAUGGUGGAUGGCUUGGCUACUCCUAUUCCUGCUAUUCAUUCCUUAAUGUUAACAAGAGGACGUGGCAACAGGCUAACCAGUAUUGCAAGAGUCUGAAGGCAACUUUAGUCCGAAUCAAUAACAGGUACGAAAAUGCCUUCCUUACUGCGCAACUGAAUUCGAUGACUGGGGAAUUCUGGACAGAUCUCACUGACAAGGCUAAACCUGGAACAUACCAGUGGAGUAAUGGACACUCAUAUAUUCCAUAUACACAUUGGGCUAAAGGAGAACCAGAUGACAGCAAGGGGCAGUGUGUUACCCUUGGCUCCAAGCGUUUGGCUGGCCUUUGGUAUGAUAGAAACUGUGGUAUAAAGCGGGGCCUGGUAUGUGAGAAACUACGUCGAGGCUUUACCUCCCCUGCCAUGCCUACCCCCACUGUAAUAACCGCACCGUGUGCUGCUGGCUGGAGCGACUAUUUACUAGGAAGUUAUUGCUAUAAGGUGAGUGCGGUUCUUCCAAACUACCGUCUCAACUGGCUAGAUGCCAGAAAGAACUGUAUAGAUCAAGGGGCUGAACUAGCAAGUUUCCACGAUGAUGAUGAGCAUGACUUUGUCUACAAGAACUUUAUAUUUGGCGAAAGUGAUGAGCCAUUAUGGAUUGGUUUGAAUAACCGUGACACGGAAGAAGGUCACAAAUGGAGUGAUGGUAGCUCUGUUACAUAUACCAAUUGGGCGGACGGUGAACCGAAUAACUGGGGUGACCGAGAAAACUGUGUUGAAAUGAAGAACAGUGACGGCAAAUGGAACGAUAUGAAUUGUGGUCGCACAAGAAAUUGGGUCUGUAAGAUACAGAAAGGAAUUACACCAAUAGAUGUCACAACUGUGAGUCCGCCCUCAGCUGGGCCCCCGGGAAGUUGUUACCCUGAUAACGAUGACUGGAAAUUUUAUAAUGGAUACUGCUAUUAUGUUGGGAAAGGUGGAGAUGAGGAAAACCUAGAGUUUAUGAAUGCCCAUGGAUGGUGUCGUUCAAAUGGUGGCGCACUUGCGUCUAUUCAUUCCCAAGAGGAGCAAGAUUUCCUUUGGGGUUUAAUAAGACCAACAAGCUUUGAAAAAGUAUAUAUUGGCUUGAAUGAAUUAGAUCAAAAUGGAUGGCUAUGGAUUGAUCGUACGCCUACCGAUUACGUCAACUGGAAUAAAGGCGAACCGAAUGACUGGGGUGGAGCCGAACGUUGUGUAAACAUGUAUUCAAAGACAGGUUAUUGGAACGAUGAACAAUGCAACAUGCCCCACUCAUUUAUUUGCAAGAAGUCAAAAGGUAGCACUCCAGCUCCACCCACACCACCUCUUUCUCUACCAGGAAAUUGCCCCACUGGCUAUCUGACAUUCGGCAUCAGAUGUUUCAAGUUAGUUGGUAAAGAUCAGUCAACUUGGACAAAUUGGACAGAUGCAAGGGCACAGUGCCAAAAAGAAGGAAGUGGAUAUGACUUGGCAUCCAUAAAGAGUCCCCAGGCACAAGCAUUUUUAACAGCACAGAUGGUUGACAUGCCUACAGCUGUGUGGAUUGGAAUGAGCCGCCAUUUUACUAAGAAAUUCUUUUGGAUCAAUAAUGAACUGGUCACCUAUACAAACUGGAAUAACGGAGAGCCUAAUGGAGAUGACAGAGAAGAAUGUGCUGAGAUGUUGGAUGAACCUUACCACGCUGGAAAGUGGAAUGAUGUUCCAUGUGAUGUCAAAUUAGGAUAUGUGUGCCAAACAUUCAAAAUUCGCUCAAUUCCCAAUCCGCCACCAACUCCUCCCAAUAGCUGUGGAACUGAUUUCUAUCCGCACGGAAACGGCUGUUACUCUCUCAUAAGAGGAACGCGAAAUUGGGAUAUGGCAGACUCGUAUUGUAAACAGAGGGGAGGUAAUAUCGCAUCCAUUGUGACACAAUUCGAGCAGGCGUUCAUCUGGUCUAUGAUACAGACAGAGGACCUCAGACUUGAUGUCUGGAUUGGACUGAGUGAUAAAAUGGUUCCUGGUACAUACAGAUGGUCGGACAGAUGGCCUGUUUUGUUUACGAAAUGGGGCAAAAAUGAACCAAAGGCAACACAGCAAUGCGUUGUGAUGGACUAUGCUACAUCCACAUGGAAGACGGCUCCUUGCAAUCAACAGUUCCCAGUUGUAUGCAAAAUUACAACAGACCAACCGCCAUAUAUUCCAUCUCCUGGCAACGGUCAGUGCCCGGAUGACGACGGCGAGGACUGGGCCAAUUUCAAUGGCUACUGCUAUGCCUUCAAACAGGACUCCAGCAAAAACUUCGCUGAAGCAAACUUCGACUGUCAACUACUAAAUGCUGAACUGACAACUAUUCACAGCGAAGACGAGAACCAUUUUAUUGGACUCCAUAUGCAACAAAAUUCUGGCGCUGCUGUUUGGAUUGGCAUGAUGAGAUCAAGAUCAGGUGGAUUCCAAUGGAAGGACGGCAGUCCAUUACAGUAUACAAACUGGGGUAACGGGGAACCUUCAGACGUGAAUGGUACAGACGGUGAAAAUUGCGUGGAACUGUACGGUUGGAACCUAAAGUGGAAUGAUCUUGCCUGUGACCAGAAGAGGGGUUUCGUAUGCAAAAUGCCACAGAUUGACCCUGGCACUGCUGGUACUCCACCUAAUACGGGAACCCCACCAUCUGACCGACCAGGCAUGACUACAACAAUACCAGCCUGGACAUGGCCACCUAUCGUUACAGGGGGUCAGACAACAAGAGCAAGGUGGACGUGGCCACCCAUAGGGAUAUCCACCACAAGAAAUUGGCCUCCUGUAUGGUCGACCCAGGGAAUAGUAGCAACUGUUAAACCACCCGGUAUAAGCGGAGGCGCAGUGGCAGGAAUCAUUAUGGCUGUUUUGGUUGUUAUUGUGAUCCUGGCUAUCAUAGUUUACAAAAUGAGAGCUGGACAGCAGUCUAAGUCACCCACUUCAGUUAACGAGGCGUUCGACAACCCGGUUUAUUCAACUUCAUCAGGCUCUGUACAAAUGGGAUCUGAAACCCCUAGCUAUUCAUACGAUCCCUCGAGUAAAGCAUAAAGACUCAGAUAUUUCAUAAAUCAAAUUGAAACGUUCAAUUUUACUAUUAUACAAAACGUUGAUGUCAACAACAGGAUGGCUUUAAUACAGGCAACAGUAUUUGGAUAGUUGAUGAUUUAAUUGGAAUAUUGAACUGUGAUAUUUUUAAGUAAGAUGAUGUGAUAUUUAUUUGAUAUUAUUAACAAUGGAUACACACUAAAUGAUUAUUGUACAGUUUAUUGCUCGU